AUGAAGAUGGAAUUUAAAGCCACGGGACUGGAUAAGAUCGCUCAGGUUGAGCUCAACAACAGCCGGCCCGCCCGCCAGGUGCGCCGCCUGGAGUUCAACCAGGCCAUGGACGACUUCAAGACCAUGUUCCCCAACAUGGAUUACGACAUCAUAGAGUGCGUGCUGCGCGCCAACAGCGGCGCCGUGGACGCCACCAUCGACCAGCUGCUGCAGAUGAACCUGGAGGGGGGUGGCGGCGGCGUCUAUGAAGACAGCUCGGACUCGGAGGACAGCAUUCCCCCGGAGAUCUUGGAAAGGACUUUGGAACCCGAUAGCUCCGAUGAAGAGCCCCCACCAGUGUACUCUCCACCAGCCUACCACAUGCACAUGUUCGACAGGCCUUACCCUCUGGCUCCGCCCACUCCACCUCCCCGCAUCGACGUGCUGGACUCCGCACCCCCUUCCAGCCAGAGGCGCUAUCGGAACUGGAACCCGCCACUGCUGGGCAACCUCCCUGACGACUUUCUCCGCAUCCUGCCCCAGCAGCUGGACAGCAUGCAGGGCAACCCCAGGGGCUCCAAGCCCAUGAACACAGAGGGAGGCCUGACCCCCGCGGCCGGGCCCGGGCCCCGGGACCAGGAGAGCCGCUGGAAGCAGUACCUGGAGGACGAGAGGAUCGCGCUCUUCCUGCAGAACGAGGAGUUCAUGAAGGAGCUGCAGCGCAACAGAGACUUCCUGCUGGCCCUGGAGAGAGAUCGAUUGAAAUACGAGUCCCAGAAAUCCAAGUCCAGCAGCGUGGCUGUGGGAAAUGACCUUGGCUUCCCCUCUCCUGCCCCAGGAACCAAUGACGCCAACCCCGCCGUGUCUGAAGAUGCCUUAUUCAGGGACAAGUUGAAACACAUGGGCAAAUCCACCCGGAGGAAGCUGUUUGAACUGGCCAGGGCCUUCUCAGAGAAGACCAAGAUGAGGAAGUCAAAGAGGAAACACUUGUUGAAGCAUCAGUCGCUGGGGGCUGCUGCGUCAACAGCCAAUCUCCUGGACGACGUGGAGGGCCACACCUGUGAUGAAGACUUCCGGGGCAGGCGGCAGGAGGUGCCCAAGGUGGAGGAAGCCCUAAGGGAAGGACAGUAAGAGAUGACAGUUCCUCCUCGCUGGAGAUGAUCUGACCCGGUGGAGGCAGCCGGAGAGCAAUACCGGCCCCCAGUUGAAGAGCCUAGCUGCAGCCGGACAGACGGACAGAUGGUGCUUGAGUACCCAGGCCCAGCGAUUCUCCGGCCACAGUCCAGCCGAGCCACUGCCACUUUCAAUGGGACUUAGAACUUCGGAGUUGCAUGCUGUGAUUGGAGGAAGGACCUGGAAGGAGGGUGGGGGGCGGCGGGAGGGUGGUGAUUGGCCAACCAGGGCCCCUUUUGUAGCCAGUCUGUUCUAUGGGCAAUGAGUGGAAAUGCAGGAUCCAAACCCCUUCUUUAAAAAAAAAAAAAAAA